GUCUUCUCCAUCCUCCUCCUCCUCCUCCUCCCUCUUUCCCCCUUUCUACUUCCAAAAUUUUCGCAUUUCCUUUUUCCCUCCCAAACCAACUACUUUCCCCUUCUCUUUCUGCCAACUGCAGCAACUCAUCUGCUGUGUAUGUAUACUUUGUACCUUAAUUACUCGACAGUCAACGCCGCCAUAGCUGAAGAAGCUUCUUCAGAGACCCAUGGAAGGAGGUCAACAGUACAGCAGCCCAAGAACUGUAGAGGAGGUUUUCCGGGACUUCAAGGGUCGGCGGGCUGCCUUAAUUAAAGCUCUCACUACUGAUGUUGAAGAAUUUUUCCACCAGUGUGAUCCAGAGAAGGAAAACCUCUGCCUUUACGGGUUUCCAAGUGAACAAUGGGAAGUGAAUAUACCAGCUGAAGAGGUACCCCCGGAGCUUCCGGAACCUGCUUUGGGUAUUAACUUUGCCCGAGACGGAAUGCAGGAAAAGGAUUGGAUUUCUUUGGUUGCUGUGCAUAGUGAUGCAUGGUUACUUUCUGUUUCUUUCUAUUUUGGUGCAAGAUUUGGGUUCGACAAAGCUGAUAGAAGGCGGUUGUUCAAUAUGAUAAACGACCUCCCCACAAUAUUUGAGGUCGUGACGGGGACAGCGAAGAAACAACAAAAGGAGAAGACAACCCACGGCAGCAACAAGUCCAAAUCUAACUCUAACUCUAAGAGCAAGUACCCAAAACCUCAACAAAAACGCGUGGAGGAAGACGACGAAGAUGAUGGUGGGGCAGGGCUGGAAGAGGAGGAAGAAGAAGAUGACGACGACGGCGAGGAGGAGGAUGAAGAGCAGGGGGAGACACAGUGUGGGGCCUGCGGGGAGAGCUACGCGAACCACGAGUUCUGGAUCUGCUGUGACAUUUGUGAAACGUGGUUCCAUGGCAAGUGCGUGAAGAUCACUCCCGCCCGCGCCGAGCAUAUUAAACAGUACAAAUGCCCCUCUUGCAGUAACAAGAGGGCCCGCGUGGGGCCAUAAACCCGCCUGCGGGAGGAAGGAGAAAAAGAAGAGGAGAAAAAACACACACCCAAAAUUUGCUUGGACCCAUUAAGAAAGGGUAUUCAUGUUUGGAGGCUUUUGAAAUGUGUUGUUUGUAGAGGUUUGGUUACUAUUUAUAUAAGAAGAGGAAUUCCCUUAAUUCUUGAUUUCCCAAUGCACUUGAGCUUUGACCAAUGCACUUGAGCUUUGAAUGAUUUGCAUUUGUAACAAUCAUAAUUUUUAUCUAAUUUUAGCUGAUUCUAUUUUCAUUAUUUAAUUCUUGACCAUGCUUGAAAGCCUAUGCUUUGACCAUCUU